AUGGCUGUGUGGAUAACCAUUCUGCGAUUUAUGGGAGAUUACCAGAAGUGUAAACACAAGCUCGAACAACGGAGAAAGUCUGGGGCGGACAAAACACCGAUAAUGAGCCGGUUGUUUGAAACAUUGGGAAGAAAGUACACCGCCCGUGAUGUCGAGGAAGCCGCUCAGGCAGAAGAAUUCGACGGAGCUGGUCGGACGCUGAAGAAAAGCAUGGGCAAGAAGCUUAUAUCCAUGACCUUGAAAAGGAAAACGAAGCUUUCAGGUAUGAGCUCCUCUUCAUCGGACCGUUCUACGGACUCCUCGUCAUCGUCGAAUGCGCUGAUGGAGAACAGACCGAUGAGUUCACUCGAUAAGUUGCAUUACAUCAUCGGAAUGGGAAUACUACGAGAGGAACUCAGAGAUGAGAUCUACUGCCAGCUCUGUAAGCAGCUCACCGCUAAUCCAUCGAGGCUUUCAGCGGCUCGAGGGUGGAUAUUACUCUCUUUGUGCGUUGGAUGCUUCGCUCCUAGUCCUCGCUUCAUCAAGUAUCUGUACUGCUUUAUUCGGGAACGUGGUCCCACUGGCGCAGGAUAUGCGGCCUACAUGGAAGAGCGAUUGAGACGAACCGAACAGAAUGGGUGUCGACACCAACCGCCCAGCUACGUCGAGCUUCAGGCGAACAAGGCAAAGAAGCAGAUCGUGUUGGCUGUCACUCUUAUGGACGGCUCAGUAAAGACAUUAAGCGCAGACAGUGCCACGACUGCUGCUGAAGUCUGUACAGCUCUUAGCGAGAAAAUCGGCCUGUCAACGGAGGAAUUUCGGCUCAGUCUCUACAUUGCACUUUUCGACAAGGUGUCAUCUCUCGGCUCGGGAUCGGACCAUGUGAUGGAUGCCAUAUCGCAGUGUGAACAGUACGCCAAGGAACAAGGUCGACAGGAAAGGAAUGCACCCUGGAGGCUGUUUUUCCGAAAGGAAAUCUUUACGCCUUGGCAUGAUGCCAAGGACGAUCCCAUCAGCACGAAUCUCAUUUACCAACAAGUCGUUCGAGGUAUUAAGUAUGGAGAAUACCGAUGUGAUAAGGAGGAUGACCUCGCUUCUCUCGCUGCACAACAGUACUUCAUCGAAGAAGGCCUCCUUGACGUGAAUCGCCUAGAAAGUCAACUGCACAAUUACUUGCCCGAUUUUGAGUUGAAUGGCACGGAAAUGGCCAAGGAGCGAUGGAUUCAAGCGAUUAUGCAUCAGUACCGAAGGGUAACGAAAUACACGAUUGCCUUGAUUCUUCUGAAAAUCGUACAACUAACCGCUUUGUUGCAGAAGUUCGGCGGCAAUUCCCAGUCACCUCAUCAUGUUAAGGAAGAAGUGGUGUCCUUUGCUAAAUUCAAAUGGCCUCUACUAUUUUCCAGGUGGUUUUCAUUUAGUUCAUUCCAAAAAUUCCAUAGCUGUGUGUGUACCCGUAAGAUAAAGUCUUUCGUGAGGCUCGACAGCCUUCCUUAUUUGAGUUCUCAAGAGCAAUGA